AUGGCUUCUCCUCAUGCCAUCAUCAUACCUUGUCCAGAGCAUGGCCACAUCAUUCCCUUAAUAGCUCUCUCCCACUCCUUGGUUGCCCAUGGCUUCAGGAUCACAUUCAUCAAUUCCGAAUUCAACCAUGAGCGAGUUGUUGCUUCCUUGUCCCAAAACGGUGGUGAUGGAGUGGAAGGGAUGCAUAUGGUUUCCUUUCCGGAUGGAUUGGCACCUGGUGAAGACCGUAAUACUUUCAAAAAGAAGAUUGAAGGCAUCGUGAGGGUCAUGCCUGGAUGUUUGGAGGAACUCAUAAAACAGAUUAGGAGUGACCGGGUUACAUGCAUUAUCGCCGAUGGGACCAUGGGGUGGGCUCUCGAAGUGGCGCAAAAGAUGGGCAUCCGGUCGGUUGCCUUUUGGCCUAUGUCUGCUACGCUGCUUGCAUUAUUUCUGAGCAUUCCCAAGAUGAUCCAGGAUGGUAUCAUUGGUGCCGAUGGAAUGCCAGAAAGGAGUGAGACUUUCCAGCUGAGCCCUGACAUACCGUCUAUGAACACAAGCCAACUUCCAUGGAAUUGUGCUGGUGAUCACGAUCCAGAAAGAUUCCUCUUCAAGCUCAUAUCCAGUAAUAAUCAAUCAAUGCAGCUUGCCGAAACAAUCAUUUGCAACUCCUUCUAUGAACUUGAGUCACCAUCCUUCACACUCUUUCCAAAUUUAUUGCCGGUUGGACCAUUACUCACAAGCCAACAGUUUGGAACGGCAGUUGGGCAUUUCUGCCAAGUGGAUACAACCUGCAUGAGUUGGCUUGAUGAGAAACCUGCUAACUCUGUCAUCUAUGUGGCAUUUGGGAGCGUAGCAGUCUUCAACCAGCACCAAUUCAAGGAGCUUGCACUUGGGCUUGAACUAUCUGGCCAUCCAUUCCUGUGGGUCGUAAGACACAAUCUCACAGAUGGGAUAGAUGAUGCCUGGUUCAAUGGGUUUCGAGAUCGAGUUAAAGGCCAGGGAUUGUUGGUGGGAUGGUCUCCUCAACAGCAGGUACUGGCUCACCCUUCCAUUGCUUGCUUCUUUUUUCAUUGUGGUUGGAAUUCAACAUUGGAAGGGACGAAGAAUGGAGUUCCUUUCCUCUGCUGGCCUUCCUUCAUCGAUCAUUUCCUCAGCCGGACCUAUAUUUGUGAUGUUUGGAAGAUUGGUUUGAGCAUAGAUCCUGAUGACAAAGGGUUUGUUCCAAGGGAGCAGAUCAAAAAGAAGGUGGACCAAAUAUUUGGCAAUGAGGAGAUGAAGGCCAGGGCCCUAGUGUGGAAAGAUAUCGCUAAUAGGUGUACUAAGGAAGGAGGGUCUUCCUAUAAGAAUUUCAAGAGCUUUGUAGAUGCCAUGAAAGAAUGACUAGUUCUUUUGCUUAUAAUAAGGCACAUGAACCUUUUGUGUUGGCUUCAUCCAACUCAAGAUUAAUGUCUGAUGAAUGUAGUGUGUACCAUUUGGAGACAGCCAAUGAAAUGGUCAAUGUAUUUAU